UUUUUUUUUGAAAGAACAAAUUGGAUCGAACAUUCUAUGGGUGUUUCUUUAUCAUUCUUUACUUUAGACUUUUUUGGUAAGUUUAUUUUGGGUAAGUCCGAAUUAUAUUCCAUACUACUAAUUUUAUACAAAUACUGCAAUAACUGUAACGUAAAAUUAUAACAUUUGAUUUUUUAAUUUAUAUUUUAUAUUAAUUGGAUCGUAACAACCAUUCCAAUUAUUUGAGGAGAUUUUUUUUUGUGUCUAAACAAAUUAUUUAGAAUAUUCUGGAUGCUCCAAAAUUUUCUUCUCGAAUCGGGAUUUUAAUUCCGUAUACAACUCCGUAUAAGCGCACACAAACUUUUCGAAUUCCGAAAUCUUGGCGCGCGUUAGAUCACAAAAAUUUUUGAAAGUUGAAACAUUAUUAAUUUACUACACUAGGUCACGACGGAAUUACUCUUCCGACAAUCCAAUAAUACAGUAUAAAAAAAACCCAAGAAUUUAAAUACUGCAGAUCUACCAUAUUAUAUCACGUGUAAGAAGGAGUUGUUCUCCGAUGUGCCCGAUGUGCCCUAGGGCACUGGUCCAGUGCCAUGUAUUGUCUCACAUUUGUAUGUUCAAACAUGCACUUUUUACACCUUUUACACUAAUUAAAAAAAAACAUUAUUUGAUCUAUAAUACAAACAAAUUUUUAUUAUUAUUUUGGUUUUCUACCAAAGUUUUAAGAAUUAUAAAUAAAGAAGGAAAAUAGAAUAUAAGAUUCGAAUUGUG